UAACGUGAUCGAUCACACAGUAGGUGGCGGCAUGCAUAAAAACUAUGAUACCAAAGAAGAAGUAGAAAACGGAAGUGAACAGUAAUUUGGCAUUUUUUCUAAUUUCCACGUUAGCGUUUUUGUUGUUAUUUAGACGUUUAUUAACAUAAUGGAACUCAAAAUAUGACUAUUUUAACUGCACAGCAUCACAUAAUUAUCGCAGGUGGUCUUUAAUUCGCGCUGAAGACAGGACUUGGUUGAUAGAGCUACGUAACGCUAGCUAGUUGCUAACAAUGGCUAACUGUAUGGUUUUUCACACUCAAAUAGCCUCCAUUAUGGAGGUGCUAGCGAAUGCAGCCGUGGCAGAGAUCUGUAAACUCGUAGACGACGACUAUAACGUGUUUCGUUUGGAAAUUUCUCAAAGCCAGAAAGAAAACAGGGGGUUGCGGAGGAAACUACAACUAAUGGACUGGAAGGUGGCACGGGAGCGCGCAGAGAGGACAAUACGAGAGCGCGUCCCCGCCAGUCGUCCCAGUAGUGUCAAGUUCGUCGAUCGAUACAGAGGAAUGGCAAAAGGUGAAGGACAUCUCACUGUAGGCCACAGGAGCAUUGUGAAGCCAGCGGGACCCAAUGUGUGGAGAGAUGACCAACCCAUAGAUGAGGGGAGUGGAACCUCAACCCAGCAUGUUAUUGUGAUAGAGUCUGCAGAGGCUGCAGGUCCUGGAGGAUCGUCUCUGGUCAAGCAGGAGAGGACUGAAGGAGACGACCCACAACACAGCAGAGACAUCCAGACUGGAGCAGCGGCUGGAAUGGCACCCCCUGUAGCUAUGGACGACCUCGCCACCACGCCCCAGCCCAGGACCCGACGCAGCAUUACGGAGGUCAGUGGAACACCGAAGGCCGCCCUCAAGUCAGAGACAGACACCGAGACUUUAACUGUAUCACGAAGGCUGUUACACACAGGAUCGGACCACAGAUCAGACCCAGAAAGACUGGGCUGUCCUCCUGCUUCCGGCUCAGAGUAUUUUCUCCAUGGUAGCCCGAGGACGGUUCAUUCCCAUCAGGACUCAGUUGACGCGUUAGAGACUGUCAAUUAUCCGUCUUGUUCUUACACUACAGAGAUGGACCCUGGCAAAAUGACCUUGGGUUUAGAGACACAGACUGAUCUGUCUAGAGGGGACUGGAACCAGUACAGUAGUAGUCUAUACUCUGAAGGGCCUCUAGAUAAGAAAGAGGAGGUUAUUGCCGUAGAUGAGGUGACUGUGAAAGUGGAGGGCGAUGCUCCUCUGAUAUGGAAUGAGACUCACUUAGGAGAAGGACAUUCACAAGGCAGAGAUUUCUUAGAUUACAGGGAAAGCUUAGAGACAAAUCCAGAUGUCACGACCCACUCCCCUUUACACACACUCAGGGAUCACGAACCAGUGUCCACGUCUAUGGGGCCUUCCGAUCAGGUAUUGAACUCAAAGGUUCAAAAGGCCAAGGCUCAGGGAGGGGGACCAACAUCAGGCGGUAGUAAAGUGAAACGGUUCCUCUGCAUGUUCUGUAACAAAGGCUUCAGCUGCCUCCAGAAGGUGGAGAUCCACCAGAGGGUCCACACAGGGGAGAAACCCUUCAGCUGUACCCAGUGUCACAUGCGAUUCGCUGAGGCUGGCAACUUGAAGAGGCACCAGAGGGUCCACACAGGGGAGAAACCCUACAGCUGCCCCCAGUGUCACAUGCGUUUCGCCCAGUCUGGCAACCUGAAGAUGCACCUGAAGGUCCACACGGGAGAGAGGCCGUUCGCCUGUACAUACUGCAGGAAGAGGUUCUCAGAAAGGAGCUACCUCAGGAUACACCAGCAGAAAAAUCAUUCCACUAUAACAUAGAAAGUAAACAUUCCACUUGAUCGCUUUUGACGUUUAGACAAACCCUGCAUUAAAGACAAAGAUUCAUUUUCAUUGGUUGUUAGUAGAAAAGAUCCACAGAUGCAUUUGGAAUAAUGAGUAACAGAUUUUAGUGUUGAAUCUUCCUGGGUAAAAUUUAGCAUCCAGACAUUGUGUGAUUUAUAAGGCGUAUAUAAGCCUAAAAAGUCUUACAUAUUUUGUUUGUACUGUGUAGGCUAUAUGAUGUUCACAAAUGCUUAUUUCAUUACACUACUGAAUUUUUGCCAAGACACUUUUAAUGAGAAAAUGUAUGCAGUUUGUGUGGUUUUAAAACUUGUUCAUGUUUAAUAAACACAAAAUUUAACUUUU